UACUUCUUUAUGUAUUCUCGUACAUGGGAUGUGUUUGUAGGAAAUUAUUUAUGCGCAUAAUGAACAUUGAGAAGUAUUUGGGAGUUGGAACCCACCAUACCGCAGCUCUAGGUUGGUACUUUAUGUAUCUGUAAGUUUAGCAAGUUGAGCCAUGCAUGUACUUCUGACUGCUCCUUGGUGCAUAAAGGGAUUUGAUGUCCAUGGAUUUGGUGCAUAAAGGGUGAAUUGAAGGAGCACUCGGGGGGCUCGCCGUUGAGUUUGGAGGCCCAAUCUUAGUCAAAGGGUGGUCAGAAAGAGCCGAUAAGCCUAGAAGAACUGGGCUUGGUGCCGAUGGAAGAUCCUGAUCAAGAUGUCUUGGAUUCUGAGGCGGAGGAGGAAGAGGUGGAGGGAUCCAAGGACUUAAUGCUUUCGGUGGAUGGUGACUUGGUGUUCCCUAAUGUCUGUGCAUAGUUGGGGUUGGAUGAUAUCUCAUUGGAAGAUGAUAUACAAGGAAUUCAGAAUUGUAGGAGGGAGGAACCUAUACCAGUGAACUUCUGCUUUCCGGUUCAAUCGUAAGUGUCAGCUUGGGUCUUUCAUAAGGUGAGGGAGAUCCAAAAAUUCGUGGGGAUUGAGUGUGACGGCUACGAGGAGCAAUUCAUGGCACUGCUCACAACAAUUAAGGCAAGGCAUAAUAAAAAAACUAAAGGUGAAUUGAAGAAACAUCAGGAAAUCAGAAGAUUGACUUGGUCGAUGAAUAUGGAGGGUAGUUCCAGCAGGGUAAGAGUGAAAGAGAAGGUGCUGACCGUUCCCCAAUGAAGCCUAAGAUUGUCAUGGAACGUCUGUGGGCUAAAUGAGAUUAAUAAGCAUCUGUGGAUUAGGAACAUGCUUUGGGAGUUAAAGGCUAAUAUUGUAUACUUGCAAGAGACAAAAUUGAAAAUGAUUAAUAGGAGAAUUGUGAGGAGUUUAUGGAGUGGAAUUCAUGUGGAUCGGGCAUAUUUGGCCUCUAACGUGGUGUCGGGUGGGUUGUGGUGAUGUGGGAUAGGUGGGUGGUGGAGAAGAUGGAGGAGUUUAUUGGACAGUACAUGGUAGCGUGUUCGUUUAAGUGUGUUUCCGAUGACUUUCUUUGGGCUUUUGCAGGUGUUUAUGGCCCUAAUGUAGACACGGAUAGAAGAUUUAUGUGGGAAGAAUUAGCUGGGUUCAUACUUGGUGGGAACUUCCUUGGUGCAUAGGGGGGGAUUUUAACGUUGUAAGAUUUCUAAGUGAAGUUGAUGGAAGUAGAAGAUUGAGGCCAGCCAUGGAGGAGUUCUCAGAAUGUAUCUUUGAUCUGAAUUUGGUGGAUUUGCCACUAGCCAGGGGUACUGCUACUUGGUCUAACAAGUCAUGGUCUCGACUGGAUUGUUUCUUAAUUUCACCAGAAUGGGAAAGCCAUUUCCUGGAUGUAUGGCAAAAGCGUAUGCCCCGUAUAGGCUCAGACCAUUGGCCUAUUAUGCUGGAUUGUGGAGAUCUUUGUAAUGGUCAUCAAUCGUUUAAGUUUGAGAAUAUGUGGUUAAAAUCGGAAGGGUUUGUGGAUAGAGUCAAACAGUGGUGGUCUUCCUACCAGUUCCAAGAUACGCCUAGUUUCAUUCUUGCUAGCAAAUUGAAAGCACUUAAAAGAGAUCUAAGAGUGUGGAAUGUGGAGUCAUUCGACAAUGUAGGGGAAAACAAAAAAAUAAAGUUGCUAGAAAUUCAGGAGUUUGAGAGGCUUCAAGCGGUACAUCCACUUUCCCAAGAAGAAUUAGUUCGGAAGGCUAAGCUGAUUGCAGAUGUUGAGAGUAUGAUACUAUUAGAACAGGUGUCAUGGCGCCAAAAGUCCAGGGCAUUAUGGUUGCAGGAAGGAGAUCGAAGCACAAGGUUUUCUCAUAGAAUUGCAAACUUGCAUAGGAAAAAUAACAACAUUGAGAUGCUGAAAAUUGAUGGUGUGGAAUGUAGAGAUGAGCAGGUAAUCCACAAUCAUGUAGUAGACUUCUAUGAGAACCUACUAGCAGAGCAAGUGGGAUGGUGGCCCCCAUUGAAUGGGUUGGGUUGGUAUUUGACACUAUUGAGUCGAGUGAUGUGUCCCAAUUAGAGAGGGAGUUUGAGGAGUUUGAGGUCUAUGACGUAGUGAGGAAAAUGGCCAGGGACAAGGCUCCAGGACCGGAUGGAUUCUCUAUGGGAUUCUUCCAAGACUGUUGGGCUUUACAAGAUUUAUACCCUUCUCUCUUCCAGUUAGCAAGUGCAAAGGAUGUUUCAGUGGUAGCAGUUAUGGAGAUAUUGGUGGGACAUAUUCACUGGAACAUUAUUUUUAGUAGGGCGGCACAGGAUUGGGAAAUAAGUAGCUUUGCAGAUUUCUACAGCCUCAUAUAUUCCAUUAGGCCAAAUAGGCAGCAUGAGGAUGUUAUGUGGUGGACUCUAGCAGGCAAAGACACCUUUUCUACUCAUUCAUUCUAUAAGGCCCUUGCUAUAGAGCACAAUGAUCAGUUUCCUUGGAAAAAGAUUUGGAGACACAAGGCACCACCCAAAGCUUCUUUCUUUGUAUGUACUGCUUCCCUGGGGAAGAUUCUUACCAUUGACAACUUGAGGAAAAUGGGGAUUAUUAUUGCAGAGUGGUGUUGCAUGUGCAAAGGAGGGGGAGAGUCGGUAGACCAUCUCCUUUUGCACUGUGAUACAGCCAGGAUUCUCUAGAAUGAGGUAUUCGUUCGACUAGAUAUGGCGUGGGUUAUGCCAAAGACGGUGGAGGCAGCUUUGGCUAGUUGGCCAAACUUAAGCGGUAGGCAACCAAUCAGAGCAAAUUGGAAGAUGAUCCCUCUAUGCAUUAUGUGGUGCUUGUGGCAAGAGCGCAAUGAGCGGACAUUCAAAGACCAGGAAAGAUCGUUAGAGGAGCUAAAAGUUUUAUUUUUCAAAACUCUUUGUAGUUGGGCAAUUGCUGUUGAUUUUAAUGGCAUGGCCCUUCAUGAUUUCUUGUCUCUAAUGUGCCUACCUAGUUAGGGCAUCAGAGUUGUGUAACUGGCUUUGCCAUUCUUUGAUCAAUAUAAUUUAUUUAUUUAUCAAAAAACAAUAACUAUGGUUGAAUGGUUUGGAAUCCUUGCAUAGCCAUAAAUGUGUAUGUCAAAGAGAGUUACCCAAGUUGCAUCACUCAAAGUAACAUCUUGUGCCUAUAAGCCUUGUAUGAGCUUUAAUAAUGUGGUUUAUUGAUGGGUAUACUUUUACAGCUUAGUGCUCUCCAAUUACUUGAGUUAUAUGC